GCUUUUCUUUAAAUUUUAUUUUUAUUUUACUUUAAAGCUUUAUGUGCUUUGGCUAAGCAAAGUUAUAUAAGAAAUAAUUUCAUGGAAAUACAAACUAAUUGAAUAUCAAUCAGAAAUCUAGAGUGCAAAGACGAGCAAUUCAAACUAUUAGCAAAACCGCCAUAGAAUUUGUAACUAUCAUUAAUAUAACAUUGGGCCAAUUUAAUGUGAAAACUGAUAAAUUUGUGGCCAUGACGAGAGCCAAAAGACACAAAAAGUUGUGUUUAGCGGUUAGAGCAGAGCAAAAAACGCAUUUCAAUUUGCAUAUCAACGCGUUUCUGGAAAAUGGCAAAUGGUCGCUGAUAGCAGCGAAUUUCGUUGGAAUCCACAAAAGGAGCCAGCAAGUCGAAGGACGAAAACAACAUUGACUUUGACGUUGAUGGUGUCUUCAAGGCGUGUCAGCGGCGGGGGAAAUGUCUUGAAAUGUCCAAGAGUCCAUGCAAUUAGCAAUGAGCCACAUAUUACAGGAAACUUUUUGAAUGCGAAAAACAUUAAAGAUACAGAUAAAUUUGAGACGUGACUGCGCCCAGACGACGGAUAUGGCUGCUUAAGUGGCGCACUUCCGGUGAAUCCGGACAGGAAUAAGCAACAACAACCAACUCAAGCACAGCCGCAGUUAUAGCCUUGGCCGCAUCCACAGCCACCUCGGCCAGCUUAAUCUCAAUCUACAACUGAAAAGCGACUCAUUAGGUAUCCAAACAAAGUCCUUAAGCAUGGCCAAUGUAAGCAACGAGACGGUUAAUGCUUGGCUGAUCUCGGUCAGCACUCAGUUGCCGCAUGUACUGGGCUUAGAUGUGGGCGUCAAUUGGAGCAGCAGCAGCACGACCAGCACCACAACAAUGGCCACGCCCGGCAGUAGCAUGGGCACCACCACCUCGGCGAGCACGGCGAGCAGCCUGUCCAGCGAUGCGAAUGCGGACGCGGCCGCGGAUGCUGAUAAAUCGGGAAUUAUACACAAUCAGUUCGUGCAGAUCUUUUUCUAUGUACUGUACACCACAGUGUUUGUCCUGGGUGUAUUUGGCAAUGUGCUUGUCUGCUAUGUGGUGCUCAGGAAUCGUGCCAUGCAAACGGUGACCAAUAUAUUCAUUACCAAUCUGGCGCUAUCCGACAUUUUGCUUUGUGUGCUGGCCGUGCCCUUUACGCCAUUGUACACAUUUAUGGGUCGCUGGGCAUUUGGGCGUACUCUGUGCCAUUUGGUUUCCUUUGCCCAGGGCUGCAGCAUAUAUAUAUCGACGCUGACGCUGACCUCGAUUGCAAUCGAUCGCUAUUUUGUGAUCAUAUAUCCGUUCCAUCCGCGCAUGAAACUCUCCACAUGCAUUGGUAUCAUCGUAAGCAUCUGGGUGAUCGCACUGCUGGCAACGGUGCCCUACGGCAUGUACAUGAAGAUGACCAACGAGGUGAUGGAUAACACCACCCAGCUGGUUGGCGCCAAUCAGACGAGCAGCAGCCGGUAUGGCAAUUAUGGCCUUGUCACGCCCGAUGCCACAUCGGCUGCCCAGGCCUACAUGCAGGUCAUGACCGACGGCGUCACUGUCUGCGAGGAGAACUGGCCAUCGGAGCAUUAUCGCAAGGUGUUUGGUGCCAUAACUACGACGCUGCAAUUUGUGUUGCCAUUUUUUAUCAUAUCCAUUUGCUAUGUAUGGAUCUCGGUCAAAUUGAAUCAGCGUGCCAGGGCCAAGCCGGGCUCGAAGUCGUCGCGACGCGAGGAGGCGGAUCGGGAUCGCAAGAAGCGCACGAAUCGCAUGCUUAUCGCCAUGGUGGCUGUCUUUGGUCUCAGCUGGUUGCCCAUCAAUUUGGUGAACAUUUUUGAUGACUUCGAUGACAAGUCCAACGAGUGGCGCCUCUAUAUGCUGUUCUUCUUUGUGGCCCACUCGAUUGCCAUGAGCUCCACGUGCUACAAUCCCUUUCUGUACGCCUGGCUGAAUGAGAACUUCCGCAAGGAAUUCAAGCAUGUGCUGCCCUGCUUCAAUCCAUCCAACAACAACAUCAUCAACAUCACCAGAGGCUACAAUCGCAGCGAUCGCAACACCUGCGGCCCGCGUCUGCAUCAUGGCAAUGGCGAGGGCGGCGCUGGCGGCAGUCUUGAUGCUGAUGAUCAGGAUGACAAUGGCAUUACACAGGAGACCUGCUUGCCCAAGGAGAAACUGCUCAUCAUACCGCGCGAGCCAACCUAUGGCAAUGGCAACGGUGCCGUCUCCCCAAUACUCAGUGGGCGUGGCAUCAAUGCAGCUCUCCUGCAUGCCAGCCAGCCACAGCAGCAGCAGCAGCAACAAGUCCAGCAGCAGCAAGUGGAGCUAACGAGACGCAUACGCCGGCGCACAGACGAUGACACCGACUUUAUAGACUCCGGCGAUGAGCAGACGGUGGAGGUGCGCUUCAGCGAGACGCCGUUUGUCAGCUCCGACAAUACGACGGGCAUCAGCAUGCUGGAGACAAGCGAGACCCAGUUCCAGGACUCAGGAGAGCUGCCCGAAUUGAGCGCUGUUGUGGUUGGAGAUACCUCCAGGCGAUGUAACUGAGACAGGAUUUUCGAAACACAUUUCUAGGCGCAGUUGCUGGUCUUCGAGAGUGGCAAGGAUAUCGACGACAACACAGUGUCGGGGAAUGUGACAUAAACUACAAAGCUGAAAGUGCAAAGUUCUAGAGUAUGGGCGUAUGUUGGCGUGUGGGAGUUGCUGUUAGUCGUACUGUGUGGCACGAAAAGUGCUGAUAAAUGCCAAAUAAAGUGACAACGAUGCGAAAAUUGCCGCGCAGGGACGCCAGGGGGAGAGGGUAGAGCACAACAGUGCCCCAAGCAGUGGGCUGAAGCAGCUUCUCAAAUCGCUUGAUAUCAAAUUUGUAAGUGUGCGUAUGUGUGUCUGUAUGUGUGUGUGCGUGUGUGUGUGCGUGUGUGUGUGUGUGUGUAUCUAAGUGGGUGUGACUGAGCCGCAUCUAGGCAGGCCCCAAAGGCGUUGACAACCAAUUCUAAACAUAUUUUUUUAUUUUUACCGCUUUACAUUCGCAGCAUUCGCUGCGCCAUUUCGCAUAUUUGCACAGCCUUGCAGGGAGUCGGGCGAAUCCAUUAAAACGCCGGCAUACUCCUUAUGGGUCGGCUAUAUGCGUCACCUCGAUUUCAAUUUCAAAAUUCUGCGUCUAACUGUCGCACAAUUGCUUCGCUUCACUCGGUUGUCGUUGGAAUUAAAUUUGUUGUGCCAAUUUUUGGUUCAAUUGCGCGGAAAAAUGUCAGCACAAAACCACAACAAAAGGUAAAUGGCAGCAAAACAAAAGUAAAAUGCUGA